AUGUCUGGUUGGGGGUCUCAUGCGCAUCCUCCAACCAAAAUGGUUCUUGUGUUCAGGAACGGAGAUGCUUUUUAUCCCGGACGAAAGUUUGUUAUCAAUCAACGCCAGUCAUUCACUUUUGACAGCUUUCUGAACACUGUCACUCGAGGCAUCACAGCUCAUUUUGGGGCAGUGCAAAAUAUUUACACCCCUAACAAGGGUCACAGGGUGAUGGAUCUGGAGCAGCUGGUAAAUGGAGAGAUAUAUGUGGCAGCCGGAGCAGAGAGACUGAAAAAAAUGGACUAUCGUCGCAUAACAACACAGAAACCAGCAAAAAAGAAAAGUGAACCGAUCCAACCUGUGGUUCACAGCAGAAUAAUUGUCCCAGCUCGAUGGAAGAGAAUCAGUAAUGAGUUGUGCAUCAUCAAUGUUUUUACCAAUGGAGAUAUAUUGGUUCCUCCAGCCAUGGUGCUGAUUCCAAAACACACGCUUGCUAGCUGGGAAAAUGUGUUGGCCAUGGUGACCGAGAGAGUUCAUCUUCGCUCUGGAGCUGUGCACAGAUUGUGCAUGCUGAAUGGGAGGCCUGUACGUGGAUCGUAUGAGCUACAGAAUAACCACUAUUAUGUUGCUGUAGGGAAAGAGAGGUUCCGGUCUUUGCCGUAUCAUCUGGCUCCAAGCAAAAAAGUAAUCCACAACAUCACCGAUGUGAUCAACAAUGGCAUUCUUCCAGUACUAAAAAAAGAAAAACAAGACAAAACUUUGUUCGCAAAACCAAGAGUGGACAGCACCGGCUCUGUUUUUUACGCCAAACAGCCUGGGCAGGGCUCGCAAAUCCCAGAUCUCUAUACUACGGCGGAAAAAAGUGUCUUCAGAGCCACCAACAAAAGGAAGGAGGCAGUAGUACCAUCUGAAGUACUGGAAGAUGAAAAUAUGAAGGUGGAUCUUCCCAUUGAACAGAUGUAAGUAAAAGAAGUUGAAGAUGAACAAAACUCCUACAAAGACCCCAGACCAGAAAAUGGUAGUGAUAGCCCUGUCAAAAGCUUUACAAACCAUCCAAACGCAGCUUUUUCCCCAAGGUUGUCCCCUUUUAGAACCAAUAAGGACACCAAGAGGGAGGAGAUGUCCUCAAAGAAGGGUGGAAUACGAUCGCAAAUGUCUACGUUUUUAAAGGACCUCAAAAUAGAUGGCAGUCCUCCAGUGUCCAUUGGAAACAGGAAACUCUUCACAGAUGUCAAAGAAUAA